GUCAAUUUAUUGUGGGUACUUACUGAAUGUGGAGUAGGUAAAUAGGCAAAGGUGGGCACUAAAGCAGAGAAGGUAAUUUGGGGCUUUUUGUUGAAAGAGGAGGGUUACCCAUAAGUGAUAAAGCCCCAGACAGUUUGUGUUCCAGAGAUUAAAUAACCCUGGCCUGACUCAUUUUUGUCACUGCCCAUCAUAAACCAGUUCCACUGAAACUACACCCUAAGUUUUUUAAGCUGGAAAGCCCAACUAUUCCUCAUAAAAGAAACUGCUGCUUUUCUCACUGUCGAGGAAAGUGUACUUUAAAGAUAUAUAAAAAAAAAGCAGUUAAUCUUUUCCUGGAGCCAGUGCCUGCUACAUCAUGUCCAUUCCUGGGGCUGUCAAUCAUUAUCCAGGCAGCACAUUGUUCAGAAGGUGGAGCUGUCAGGCAGGAAGAAUGAAAGGUAGUGACACUGGGAUUGGACAUGCCCUGGCUAAGCACCUGGACAGCCUGGGGUUCGUUGUGUUUGCUGGGGUUUUGGACAAGGAUGGCCCUGGGGCUGCGGAGCUGCGGCGCUCCUGCUCCCAGAGGCUCUGUGUCCUGCAGCUGGACAUCACCAACACCACCCAGGUCAAGGAGGCCUACCUGACAGUCUCUGAGAAGGUGCAGAAUGCAGGGCUCUGGGGUGUCGUGAACAACGCAGGAAUCCUGGGCUUCCCUGCUGAUGGGGAGCUGCUCCCCAUGAGCACCUACAGGCACUGCAUGGAGGUGAACUUCUUUGGGGCUGUGGAGGUGUCCAAGACCUUCUUGCCAUUGCUGAGGAAAUCGCAGGGGAGGCUGGUGAACAUGUCCAGCAUGGCAGGAGGCAUUCCACUACCGAGGUACGCAGCGUACGGGGCAUCCAAAGCAGCUCUGUCCAUGUUUUCUGGAGUAAUGAGGCAAGAGCUUUCCAAAUGGGGCAUUAAAGUCAUGGCAAUUCAUCCAUCAGGCUUCAGAACAGGUAUCGAAGGCACAGCAGAGCAGUGGGACAGGCAGGAGAAGGAGCUGAUGGAGAAUCUCCCUGCAGACACCAGGCAGGCCUAUGGCGAGGAAUAUCUCCUGGGGCUGAGGAAUUACCUGCUCCACCUGCCCUCUCACUGUGCUCCCGACCUGUCCCCAGUGCUGGGCUCUGUCCUGCAUGCUCUGCUGGCCAGGAGACCCCAGGGCCUCUACACCCCUGGCAAGGGAGCCUACGCCCCCCUCUGCAUCUUCUGCUGCUUCCCCCUCUGGUUCUACGACUUCUUCAUCAGCAAGGUGCUGAGUGCUGGCUCUGUCCCAAGGCAGCUGAGGACAUCAGGAGAUGAAGGCAAGAACCUCUGAGGUGUCCAUGGUGUUUAUCUCACUGGAUGAGGGAGCUGGGAAGAGCUCUGGACAGACACUGCUGCUUAUUGUGUUUUGUUAAUUGCAUUAACAUUAAACCUUUGUGUUAAGAGUCAUGUUUGGGAAAAGCAGUGCAUAAGCAUAAAUAGAAAGCUAUUCCCAGAUGGGGCAUUUUUUGAGGAAUUUCAUUGUUUUCUUGUCAUUGUAUCCUGCCUUCUGUGUCUCUGUAUUACCUCAUGAUAUUAUAUAGUUCCUGUCUGCAUCUAAGGGCAUCACCAACAUGCAGAGAUGCAGAACAUGUUUUGUUAAAGCAAAACAAAAACCUCUGGAGAGUCACCAGCCUUAAAUCUUGUAAAAAGUUAAAUAUAUUCCUGUUAUUGAAGAGACUUAGAACUGUGUAAUGCAAGUCUUUUUCUCUACAGCUUCAGCCUAAUGUGUUUGGGGUCUGGUGUUUUCAUUCUGUUGCUGUUGAACCUGAGAAAUGAUUGUCCUUUCCCCCAAGUUUUGUAAUGUAUAUAUUCAGUUUCAAUGCAUAAUGUAUAGUUUUAAAGUUUGUAAUGUGUUCUCUUUGCUAGAAUAAGCAACAUAAAUUGGUUGGGGGGGAAUGAAUGCAGACAGAUCAAGAUCUUUAUGAAGAGAGAAACAAUUUCCUUCCUACAGUACUAAAAAUAGUCAUGGUGGGUGUAUCAGCUGCUAUUUUGAUCUGUCUGGUCAUUCUGUGCAUUGCCUGUAUAUGCCUGUGCUUAUCUAAUUGUGAGUAAACUCUGAUGUCACUUCUGUUUUUUCUACAAUUCCUUACUCAAGUCUGGGUUUACAAAAAUUCAUGUUUUUGCCCACUUCUUGUGUCUCCCUCUGCUUUGGGGGGAGUUUGUGCUCACUUGUAUAAGAUCAGUCAAUCUUCAUGUGGCUUUGCUGGAGUCUUGUGCCCAACUUCUGAUAGACUGGGGUCCUUCCCCUUCCCUAAUUUCAUCCCAGGAGCACCAGGUGCCCUCCCUCCACUCGCCCAUGGCAAGUGGUUGGGCAACUCACCUGUGUUUUUCCUGCCUUAUUCCCUUUUUGCAUUGUCUGUCACAUCCUUGGGCUUUGAAAGGCUGUGUUAUUUGAAAGAAAUCCUCAUUCCCCCUGACUCCCAUGGUUUGGCCAUGUGUCCUGCCUUUGACAAGAUGCAUUUCCUUUCCAGUGAUGAAGAACUGAAAGUGAUCACACUCUGAGCUUUAAAUGUAGCCACACUUUUUUCCUUUCCUUCAUGAGCAAUUUCUGUCAUAACUCUAUUUUUUGUGAUGUGCUCUUGCAUCCAACUGGACAAAAUCCCUGUUUAAUUUGCAAUUAUGGCAUUUAUUCCAUCACUGUCCUGGGUCUGUCACAUCAGUGCCAGCCUCCUGUAGGUGCACAGAGGAUGCUCAGAGGGCUGGGGCCAUCAUUUGAAUCUGUGAGGGAUUUCCCAGUGGGGGAACCCUCCUGUCCUGUCCUCUCUGUCUCAAUAGCUGCUUUUGCUACUGAGGUUUAUCACCUGGUUUGUAUCAGUGCCCUGCUUGCAGAGUUUUGCUUUCCUUGGAGGAAGUAUACUCAUUGUUUUGAACUCAGGAAAUCUGAGAUUAUUUCUCUCUCUCUCUCUCUCCCUCCCAAUUUCACCCUUUAUCUAUUUCCCUCAUUUUUUUACAUGUCAACAAAACUGUGUAAUAAAACAAUAUCAUAUUUAGUA